GGGGUAAUAUGUUCUUGGUCAGAUGGAGGUUUUCUAGAAGUCGAUCUGCGCCACUGUCAGCAUCCAGUCGCCUAUCAUGUUUUACUCACAUACCCUGCAUUUCAUAUUUCCAAAGCUAGUCUUAAUCUAACCCAGGGGGAUGAGAAGACACUGUUUAAACAUGAGCUUGCCACCAUAAAGAUUAAAGUGACUAAGCUGGAACGUAAAGAAAAUGUAGUCACAACAACAGUAAGUGGAAUACCUAACAACUCUUUUCCAGCCACAAUAUUAAUUUUUCACAAAAAUUAAGAGUCAUUCUCUCUUAGGGGCUGUUCUUGUCUUUCUGGGCUUCUGUCCAAAAGAAUACAUGUAAGCUCUGAUGACAGAUCAUUCUUCUCCACAGAGAUAUUUACUGACAUUAUUGUUUCCUUAUGAGACUCAUAAACAUUCAUUCUUUUUAAGAUGUAUACCACAUUUCACUGAUUGAAGGUAGUGUGAUUCACACACUUCAUAUUGGCAGGUUUCCUGUAGAUGGUGGUAAAGGCAGUUGCCUGGUUUCCUAGAAACUGGCGCGUCAGAAAGGCAAUCUUGUCAUUCUUUGUCUCUGUGGUAAAAUGUAUGGAUGGCUGGUGGCUAUUGAGGUGUUGUGAGGAGCUGUCAAUACUUUCCAGGUUCAGAAAUUGGGACCAGCUGGUUGCGAAUGUGCCUAGAAAUUGAGAUCUGGUGACCACAACUUAAAGACUAGUUGUCAGCAGGCAACUAAAUAAGUUUUGAACGGCCAUCCAAGCCAUUUCAUUUUUGUUCAAACUUUACUUACAUUUUAUCUUGCCAACGGUCUCAUGUCCAGAACAGUUGCAUGGCCCUUUUUAUGUGGCCAUUAUAAUUAUUGUUUAGAGCAGUUACCGUACCUGUGACCAACAUUACAUUGUACCUUGGACACAUUAAACACUGUAUACACUCGUGCUUCCAUGAAUUCCUGCACUUUGCAAACUUUGCAAAAGCUCCUGUGGUGGAGAUGGAUGGGCAGUCAGGUGGACAGAUGGGCAGUUGGGCAGAUGGACAGUCACGUGACUACCAAAAUUUUUUGGAUGGGUAGAAAACCAAAUUUUUUUAGCUAUGAACACAAUGGCCCGCAGUCCUAACCUCCAGGCCUGGGUUGUUCAAACACUGGAAAGCGCUAUCCACAGAAUAAACCACUCUCCAGCAGAUAAGUGUCAGCAAAACUAAUUGCGCUAUUCAGUGAAUAGAGAUUUAUCCAGUGGAUAGCGUUAUCCACCUUUUGAACAACUUGGGCCUAGUUUUUAUUUAUACAUGCCAACUCUCCUGGAUUAUGUGGGAGUCUCCCAGAUAUGACGCCAAUCUCCCAGUCUCCCAUACAGGUAACCGAAUCUCCCAGAUAAAAUCGAGUUAUGAGCUCUUCUUUGCUUUAAUUUGGAAUUUAUCCCAUUUUCACCCAAAAUUUGAAUUUUCUUUGAUUCAUAGUUUGGUUUCUGGGGCAUUUUUCCAUGUAUUUCAUCACUGUUAUGUAGUGUGUUAUGUCACUCAUCCGGGGCUCAUUAAAACAUGCUUUUUUACCAUGCGCUCCCCUGGUUGAGGCGUUAAGUCAUAACAUGUUUUGAAACGGGAUUUUCAAGCGCUGAAAAUCGAGACAUUCACCAAAUGUAUCACACAAAUAGGAUGUGAAAACCUCAUUACCAACAAAUUCAUGGUCACGCCACUUUGAAGUCAGAACUAUUUACCACCGUAUGCGUAAACUAAAACAUGUCUCAAUCCAUGAUCCCUCCGCCAUCAAAAAUGGAUAUACGACAGGAGAUCAAGCCUCAAAUUGGGAAUUCUUCAAAGAUGGGGGGAAGAAUUAUGCUUCUGCUACCAAACUGGAUCAGAAAGACAAGAAAAUAGUCGCAGCCACAUUAUUAUCAAUCAUGGAUAAAGAAUGCCUUCAUGUCUGCAGAAAUGGCAGGAAGUCAACGACUCAAAAUGGAACAAACUGACACUGUUCAUCUCGUCCAUGGGAACGAAACCUGUGCUCACCGCACUGAUGUACACAAGAAUCCUUGCAAGAUCAAGAACUGCAAAUAUUGCCUCCCACGCGGCUGGAAACUGCCCAGCCAAAACAUGCACUAA